AUGGGCUCCGUCGUCGUCAACCACGUGCCGUCGGAUCAUAUCGACACGUUGGGAGGCGCAAUCAAUUCGGAUUCAGUUUAUUCUUUCACCCAGCCAAUGGACACUCACUCGACUUCCUCCUCCACCCCCACCUCUACUGCCCCACCGUCCGUAGGCUCUGCUCGGCUUCCUGUGCAUGCGAAUGAUGUGCCGGCUUACAUCGACCCAUACACACCUUCUCAAGCUUCCCGCGCUUCUUCCGAUACUCCUACCUUCAUACCACGACCGCCCUCGAUGACGUCUCAUCCGAGCCAUGCAUUUCCUCCGGACUCUCACUCAACACUUACCCCACCAACCCAGACUGGGAGCAACUCAUACUCUUCUAAUCGGUCAGCGCCGGAUUCACCGCGUCUCCAACCCACCUACCAGUCCAUGCAGUCUGUGCCAGGCUCCGAAGCCAGUUCGCCGAGUCGCAUUCGCGUCCAAAGCUUAUCCCAUAUUCAGAGUCUCGCCAGUGAGGACCUAAUGAGAUCACGGAGCUCACACACUCCCGGAACUGGAUCGCACCACCGACAAUAUGAGAUUAGCUCCAUGCCGGUCACGGAGAUUAUCGAGAUGGUCGCUGGGCUUCUGACCAAGAUCACGACUACGAACGAUAUGCAUCAUGAACAUGUACAUCGCCAUAUCCCGCCGCCCGAGGGCACAUCCAACCUUAGCCCACAGGCUACCAGCGUACUCGCAUUUCACGGCAAGAAUGUCCCGACCAUCACCAUCUUGAGUUACUUGACUCGCAUCCACAAAUAUUGUCCUACCACCUACGAAGUCUUUCUAAGCUUGCUGGUCUACUUCGACCGCAUGACCGAGCUGGUCAACCGUGAUCAGAUCGACCAGCUGCACCACCGCGCAGGAUUCUCUAAUGGCGACCCCCCGCCCUCAUCAACAGGCUUUACUGCGCAGGACCCGCAAGGGUCGAAUACUUCAAUUUCACCUGCCCUUUCACCUCAGUCGGAUGCCGAGGCACUUUCACAUUUCUUUGUCGUUGAUAGUUUUAAUAUCCAUCGACUGGUCAUUGCUGCCGUGACCUGUGCCAGCAAGUUCUUCUCUGAUGUUUUCUACACCAAUUCACGUUAUGCAAAGGUUGGCGGUCUUCCACUGGUGGAGCUCAACCACUUGGAACUACAAUUCCUCCUUCUGAAUGACUUCCGACUCGCUAUCACCGUUGAAGAACUAGAGUCGUAUGGGACAAUGCUGGUGGAGUUCUACGCACGAGAGGUUGUGACCCAACAACAGCAACAGCACAGAAGUCUUCCCCGCGCGAUUGAUUCCCCGGCGGCCGACGCGGCCUCCGAUGCCAUGUAUAUGCGAUCUCGCAAUAAGCCUCACGACCACGCCGAGUUCGGCCAAACCCCUACACCACCGUAG